AUGUAUACCCAAUACAAGCUAUUGGAUUUGGUGGAGGGAAAGGAGAAGAUGCCGGAGGCCGCGGAGCUGAAAGGAGCGUGGAUGAAGCGAUCGUUCGACACGUACAUGCUCAUGGUGCAAGCGGUGGGCGGACGGCAACUUGACUACAUCAAGUCGUGGUCUGCCCUUGCGAUCAACCUCAACUCCCAACAACCCCAAUGGAGCGUGGAUUACAUUCGCGCGCGCAUCGUAGAGGAGGACCUGCAGCGGCAGAGUGUGGAACGCUCGGAGGAGGGGGCUGGCUAUGGAGUUGGAGGUGGAAAGAGUGGCUUCAAGAAGAAGUGGAAGAGCAAGAACAAGGAUAACCCUAAGGAGGAUGGCGGCGGGGGUCAAGGGGAGGUGUGCUUCUACUUCAAGAAGCGCGGACAUCGUUGGCGGAAGUGCUACCAACGACCCAAGGAUUGGACCCCGCCUUCAUCAAGCAACCAGCGUGGUGGCACGAGGAGUGGGGGAGUCAUGGGAGCUAGUGGAGAGGAGAAGGAUGAGGAGAAAGGCGGCAAAUCUGAGGAGCGGAAGGCCGGGUUCUUCUUCUUCGUGAACGAAGGCGCAACCGACCACGCUAUGGCUGCCAAGACUUGUGUGCGAACCUGA